AUGGCUGAGUUAGUGGGUUUGGUCUCUUCCAUCGCCACUCUUGCUGCUGCCGGGUUCCACGUAGCAAGAAAAAUCUCCACGGUCGCAGACGACCUCGGCACGGCGGGUGCACAGAUCAAGGGCAUUGCUGUCGACACCAAGGCCGUGGCGAUCAUCCUGAGAGACAUCGAGGCCAAGCUGUUGAGUGGCAAAGACUCCUCUCGUAGUCUCAAUGGAGAUACGAGAGAGGUUCUUGCCGAGGUCGUGGAAUUGUGCAGACAUGAGAUCGAAGAUUUAAAUCAGAAUUUGGCAUCGCUGAAGGACGAUGGCGGACGUGGAGACACGGCACAACUGAAGCAGAAAGCAAAGUGGUUAUUUGACAAGCCCAAAAUUGCGGCAAAACAGGCUUCUCUAGAUUCGCUGAAGUUGACAUUGGGCCUCUUAUUGCAUAACGUUCGGCUAUUCGACGGAGACCAUUUGCAGGAUCUAUCCGUAAAUCAUGGUACACCGCUGGUUAGCGAACACAGGACGAAUACCACAGUUGUGAUGGUCCACGAAAUAGAUGGACAGGAGCCACCGCCGACAUAUCGGGCCACCAUUGAGCACCGAGACAAGACCAGAGCACAUGGCUCCAUGAUCGCCUUUGAGGAGACAGAGUCUGAGAUCAAGAUCGCGGGCCUUUCUCUGUCGGAUGUUGAUGCUCCCCGCUUGAGUGAUAAGACCAGUCGAGACAUGGUGCUAGCUGGGCCCCCCAAAGACCUCAUAAAGGUUCAAGAGAAGAAGCUUGGAAAGAGAGAAAAGAAGCCAAGCGGACUGCUAGGGCAGCUUGGAGGGAGGACAGACGUGCUGUUCGCGCUUGACUGCGAUGCGAAUAGAGAAUACCCGACGACGAGCGACCGCUAG